AAUAAACACAUCUCAUACUAAACUCAGUGAUAUGUCAAAACUGUAUUUUCUUCUCUCAUCCUUCUUAAGGUAUGACCAUGGAGGAGAGUGCAGGAUUAAACCAGGACUGAGAAAAUAUGCCUGUGAGCUCACACUGGACCCAAACACAGCACACAGAGAACUCUCUCUCUCUGAGGGGAACAGAAAGGUGACAUGGGUGUAUCCGCAGCAGCAGUCGUAUCCUGACCACCCAGAGAGAUUUGACUCCAGGGCUCAGGUGCUGUGUAGAGAGGGUCUGGCUGGACACCAUCCAGAGAGAUGUGACAGUCUGGGUCAGAGUCUAGUCAGCACGGGUCAGUCUGGACGCUACUACUGGGAGGCUGAGUGGCGUAAUGGUGAGAUAGCAGUGGCCUAUAAAAGCAUGGAGAGGAAAGGGAGGGGGAACAGCAGCAGGUUUGGAGGUAAUGCCAAGUCCUGGAGACUGGAGUGCUCUGGUAACAGUUACUCUGCCUGGCACAAUAAUAAGCAGACUGCCAUACCUGCCCCCUCCUCCAGCUCCAGCAGAGUAGGAGUGUACCUGGACUGGCCAGCAGGCACUCUGUCCUUCUACAGCGUCUCCUCUAACACACUCACCCACCUGCACACGUUCCACUCCACAUUCACUGAGCCCCUCUAUCCUGGGUUUUGGACUCUCUCCUCAGUGUCCCUGUGCCAGAUCACAUGACCUCCUAAUCCUGCAGCAGAGGAGAGCCACGCACCUGUUUACACACUCCUGUGUGUGUGUGUGUGUGUGUGUGUGUGUGUGUGUGUGUGCUUUGUGUGUGUGUGUGUGUGUGUGUGUGUGUGUGUGUGUGUGUGUGUGUGUGCUUUGUGUUUGUGUGUGUUUCCACAGGAGAGGAGCGCCACACACACUACUAUGUGUGUAUGUGUGUCCCUUCUAUUGCCUCAUCUGUGUCUUUUUGUGUGUGUGUGUUUAGUAUGUCUCUUUCUCUCUCGCUCUCUCUCACUCCUUCUGUGUGUGUGUAUGUGUGUUGCUGGCUUCCUCUGUGCUGCAUCAUUCUUCUGUUGCUGCAGAUUAAUAAGAUUAUAAAAUGAACAUACAGUGAGAGUGGACAUGUUUUCUCAGGGCUGGGAGUGUUAAUCCACCGUUAUUUUACAUCUAUAUUCUGAUAUGCUUGAGAGUGAGUCUUCAUAGCUUGAAGGUGAUUCCUUUUAUUUGAAUAAUAAGUUAAAUAUGUCAUUGGUGAAUUGGUUAAAAUGGCUUA